GGCUUGUCAAUGCCUUGUCAAAAAACUAAGUGUCUCACACGUUUAAGACCGUUCUCUGAAUUUAUUUUUGGCACAUAUCUGCUAAGGGAGAUUUUGUACAGUGUGAAAAACGUUCCCUGACUCUGACAUGCAGAAAUCAAAGUGACCGAAGCGGCAAUGCUGGUCGACGCUGAUUUUCCCAUAACAACAACAACGAUGUAAACAACAAUGUUCCGGUCUUCAUGUUGAUGUUUUUUGACACUGAUGUCAUGAAAAUAGGAUACGUUCAUUCUGACUUUUGCGAGAAGAUUUUAUCAUGGAUACUAAGACAAAGAUAAGCCGACCCCUGAGGAUCAAAAUUAUCAGCAUUGGAAAUGCUGAAUCGGGCAAGAGCUGCAUUAUCAAAAGAUACUGUGAGCGAAGGUUUGUCCAUAAGUACCUGGCCACCAUUGGAAUAGACUACGGGGUAACGAAGGUCAAUGUGAAGGACAAAGAGGUCAAGGUCAAUAUAUUUGAUAUGGCUGGACAUCCAAUUUUCUAUGAGGUGAGGAACGAAUUUUAUCGUGACACGCAGGGUGCGGUGCUGGUGUACGACGUGACAGAUAGGGCCAGUUUCGAGACUCUGGAGCUGUGGCUAAUGGAGAUGAAGAAUGAGAUGGGCAAUAUGGCCGAUAUGGACAAUGUGACGUUCUGUGUGUGUGCCAAUAAGGUGGAUCGGAGGCCACGGGUGGUGGACGAGACAGAGGGCAGAGUGUGGGCAGACACGAAAGGCUUCCAUUAUUUUGAGACAUCAGCUCAAACAGGAGAAGGCAUCACAGAGAUGUUCCAGGUGCUCUUUGAUGGAGUGGUGUCUGCGGUGGAGAAUGGUGGUCGGAAGCUGCCGUAUCAGACCCAACUGGGCUACACCAAGGAGCAGAUUGAAGCCAUACAGAAGCUGAAAAACUCGAAAACUGACCAUGACAAAUUAGGACUUCUGCCUGGAGCAUCAAAAGAUGACAUCAACAGAGCAUAUAGGAAACUGGCUGUUCUGUUACACCCUGACAAAAGCGUGGCCCCUGGCAGUGAAGAGGCCUUCAAAGUUUUAGUCGCAGCACGGACCACGCUACUCAAGCGUGCAACUUGACGAGCAAUACACUUAGUCUUAAACCUUUAAAAGUAAACGUUGAACAUUUUUGCUGUGGUGAAACACACACUCCUCACAGGGAAUGCACGACUCUUCACACUUUACAUCAUUGCCCUCACUAGACAGGUUUGACUUUUUAAUCCUGUGCAACACAAAUGGGUUUUGUUAGAAUUAAAUGUUCUCUCAGUGAUUAUAACAAACAUGUACAUUAAUGAAAAUGUUUUAGGUGCCUAUUGGUAUCACAGGUUGCAGAUUUUGAAAAUGUAUGUAUAAGAGUUAGGAGUAUAAACACAGGUUAUCAAAGUUUUUUUUCUGCACCACAGUGUAAUUUUUGUGACAAAAUCAACUGUUGGUGGAUAUAGUGCAAGGGUAGAAAGCAGAGCUAAUGCUCCGGCAGUUAUGAGGUACAUGAUGUCAAACAAGCAAUAGAAUAGCUUGCAGAUUUUCCUCUCACAAAAGGUGGUACUAGCCUGACAUAGGAUUUGUACAUCACAAGUCUUUAAUUGCGAAACAUAUUGUGUGCUGAGGUUUCAUCUGUGACAUGUUUGGUUUCAGCACUGUGACGUCGCGCUAUUGACGCUGCAGUGGAAUGGGAAGCAUUACUGAAUUGACGUAAUACAUACCGCUUCGGACUUCUGCAGGUAUCCCAUUGUUCAGUGGUACAAAUUGGGUCUGCAGUUAUGUGAUGAUGUCUGUGAAGUGUGAUUGGCUGGCUGAAUGAUAAAUGACCUCAUCCUCUUUACAGCUCAUGCGUCGCUCUCCAUGUCCUCCUUACAUCAUUGCCACCACUAGCAAAUUUUGUACAGAAGUCUUGAACAAUGCCAAAUUCAAUGAAGCCACAGUAAUGAGGCAGAUAAAGAUGCCAGAAAACACAAAUAAUCCACCUCAACCUUUCUGUCUAGUAAUACCUUAUACACAUACUUUCUCUUUAUCUGAAAGAUGUACAACAUGAUUCUGAACCAAAACAUGAAACAGUUUUAUUGAUGAAUGCUAAUUAAAUAGAUCUUGGUGAGGACACAAGUGGUGAGGCUAAGCCUAAGCAAGCCUAUGUGUGUUUCACCUGCUCCAAUGGUCAAGCUUGUCUGUUGAUGGCAGUGAUGUAAAUCGGGCGUAGAGAGCGGCACUUGCGUUGUGAGGAGCAUGACAUGACCAGAAGUAACUGUUCCAACAAGCCGAUAGUAACCAUGAAGUCGGGAAGUUUGUCACGCACCUGCCCAAGGUCAGUGGUUUAUUCCACCUACCCAAGUUCCUCCCCACAUCAUACAUGUAGAAGUGUAUGACCUUAUUUCCACAACCUUUUCUCCAUAAGGGGACAGUAAAACUUAAGAAGUCGGAGUUGAAUUCAUGGGAAAGGCAAAUGGCGGACUGAGGGUAAUCCUGUUCCCGUAAGAUGCACAUCGAGCACUGCAGGAGGUCUGACGCGUAAACCCCCAUGUGCCGAGAGACCCGCUACAACCACAACAUCUGUCAGUCAGCCAGUAUAGCCGUGUGCGGAUGACAGUUUGGAGGUGGAUGACAAAUACUGGUCACUUAAUAUAAUAUUUACAAGAAAUAUCAAGUCCAAGACUAUAACAAACAACAUGUGCUUGCCAUGUUCAUUUUUCGAUAUAACAGUAAUCGCAGAUUCUCGUGGCUGCAUCUGUAUAGGGGAGUAUAAGACGGCUGUCGAGCGCUGAUAGUACUGUAAGCCUAAACUCAAAAGUGUCAAGCAGUGGGGCCUUGUAGUUAUGUAAUCCUCAAUAACAGAGUGGUGUGGGGAUUAAGACAGACUUGUCAAUCAAAGGCAGGAUUAAAACCUCAUCUUUAAUCCCUUAUUCUCAAUAGGAGUAGCUCUGGCGCAUGCGUUCACUUCUGAAAAGAACACUCUAUGCUUCGACUUGUUCUUUUUUUCAGAAAAUGAUUACAAGAUACAUGUUGAACGAACAGUUUCUAAACUGAUAAUGA